GGCUCUCCCGCGAGCGCGGGCGUCGGAAGCGGCGGAGGUGGCAGUGUCUGCCCUGGGAUGGCCUUCCCUGCACGCGCGCGUUUGUAUCUAAAUCGCACGGGACCGUCUCUUCCUCAGCUUGCCGGCGCGAGGAGCCGGAGCCUCGAAACACCAUGCACCCCAGCUCUAAAGAAGGAAGACUUUCAAGAAUGGAGUGUAGUGGCAUGAUCACAGUUCAUUGCAGCCUCAACCUCCUACGCUCAAGUGAUCCUCCCACCUGAGCCUCCUGAGUAGCUGGGAUCACAGGCGCAUGCUACCACGCCUGGCUGAAGGUUUUUCAAUUUUUGAAGAGACGAGGUCCCACUGUAUUGCCCAGCCCCCUUGUCAGCGGAGCUAUAAGGUGAACUGCAGGAAGAUCCCAGCCCUAUACACGUGGGGCAGAGCCAGCAGAGGCCAGAGCUGUUGCUCUGUGCAGACCACGAGAGGAUGUCUCCCAGCCUUCAGGAAGGCGCUCAGCUCGGGGAAAGCAAACCCUCAACUUGCUCCUUUUCAAUUGAGAGAAUCUUAGGACUGGACCAGAACAAAGACUGUGUUCCAUUAAUGAAACCCCACAGGCCCUGGGCAGACACCUGCAGCUCAUCAGGGAAAGAUGGUAACUUAUGUCUACAUGUCCCAAAUCCUCCCAGUGGGAUUUCAUUCCCUAGCGUGGUGGAUCACCCAAUGCCAGAAGAAAGAGCUUUGAAAUAUGAAAAUUACUUUUCAGCCUCAGAAAGACUGUCUUUGAAAAGAGAGUUGAGUUGGUAUAGAGGCCGAAGACCAAGAACUGCUUUUACUCAAAACCAGAUUGAAGUGUUAGAAAAUGUCUUUAGAGUAAACUGCUAUCCUGGUAUCGAUAUUAGAGAAGACUUAGCUCAAAAAUUGAAUCUAGAGGAAGACAGAAUCCAGAUUUGGUUUCAAAAUCGGCGUGCAAAACUGAAAAGGUCCCAUAGAGAAUCACAGUUUCUAAUGGCGAAAAAAAAUUUCAACACAAAUCUGCUGGAAUAGAUAGAAAACUAAACAAGUGAAAUUAUCUUCUAAUUGCAGAGCAUGAAGAAUCAGUGGAAAUAUUAAGUGUUAAAAUGUGAUGUUUUCUUUCCUGCAUUUAAUCUGAAUAUUGUCAUUUUUUCUGAAAAUAUAUUGUAAAUAAUUACUAUUAUAGCAUGGUACAUAUUUGGGCACUUUUAGUUAUAGUAAAGACCUUUUCUAUAUAUUUUAAUAAACAUUUUCAGAAAAGAUUGCUAUUUUUUAAGUAAGCCAAAUUAAUCUAAUAAAUUAGUUUGUUAAAAUCAAUAGACUCAUGACUAAGUGAUUCCACAAGCUGGAUUCUAAUUAUAAAGUAUUUCAAGUAAAAUAAUCUGAAGAACAAAA